AGACUCAGAAGAAAGAACAUUAAUCCCCAUUUGGUUUACAAAGGAAUACCAUUCUCGUUAUCAGUAAAUUAGCAUUCCUGCUAGUUAACAAAAAGAAGAAACCCUCUUUACAGUAGAUUCAGAGAGAGAUGUCCAACUCUGGAGGAUAGAGAUAGAGAGCAUGAGAGAUCCCACUUCAACAAGGGGAGAGACAGAGACAGCCCCUGAUGCAGUGAGACCACUUGAUGACUCCCAUCUUUGCUCAAGUCAUGACCUCUGAAUGGAUCUUCAGCAAUAAAGACUGAGCAGCAUCUCCGGCUUCUAACGUGUCUCUGUAUGCCCCUCCACAGUCUCAUCUUCCCGUUUCACACUCUCUCCCCUCCCUCUCACAGGCCAGGGGUAAGAAAGAGUGUGUGAGCAGUAUGUCCUUGGACAGGGUUAGAGGUGACAGGGCUAAAACUAACAGAACUCCAGGAUCCACAAUCUACCCAAAAGCUCUGGUGGUCACCAGAACACCACUAGUCACUGGAACUCCACUGGUCAUUGGCAACCAACCAGAAAAGUCCCCAUGUAUUCCCACCCUUUGCCUCCUCCCAGACAACCUUUCCUUCUAUCUGCGCCAGUGUAUUUCCUGUAAUAUCUUGGCCUUUAGCUUGAUGAGCAGCGUCAUGAGUGGUACCUUGUCAAAGGCCUCCUGCAAACUUAAGUAAACAACAUUCACUGACUCUCCUUUGUCUACCCUGCCUGUUAUUUCUCAAGAAUUCCAACAGAUUUGUCAAGCAAGAUUUCACCUUAAGAAAACCAUGCUGAUUACAGCCUAUUUUAUCACGCGUCUCCAAGUAACUUGACACUUCAUCCUUAAUAAUACACUGUAACAUCUUCCCAACUACUGAAGUCAGGCUAACUGGCCUAUAAUUUCCUUCUUCUGCUUCCCUCCCUCUUAAAGAUUGGAGUAUAAUUUGCUUUUUUCCUGACCUCCAGAACCAUUCUAAAAUCUAGUGAUUCUGCAAAGGUCUUUACUAAUGCCUCCACAAUCUCUUCAGCCAUCUCUUUCAGAACUCUGAGUUAUAGUCCAUCCGGUCCAGGUGAUUUAUUUACCUACAGAACAUUCAGCUUCCCAAGCAGCUUCUCCUUAGUAAUUGCAAUACACUCAAUUCCAGCCCGAUAUUCUCAAAUAUCUGGUAUGCUGUUUCCCUCUUCAACAGUGAAGACUGACACAAAAUAUUUGUUGAGUUUGUCUGCUAUUACUUUGUUCCCCAUUACUACCUCUUCAACAUCAUUAUCCUGCAGGCUGAUGUCCACUCUCACCUCUUUUCUACUCCAUAUAUCUGAAAAACAUGUUGGUGUCCUCUUUUAUAUUAUUGACUUGUUCACCUUCAUAUUUUAUUUUUUCACUCCUUGUCUUUUUAAUUGCCUUCUGUUGUCUUUUAAAAGCUUCCAAAUUCUCUAGCUUCACUUCACAGUAAUUUUUGAUUUAUUAAAUGUCCUCUGUUUUUGACUUUCCUACCAGCCACAGUUGUCUCAAUUUCCCUUUAGAAUGCUACUACUUUGGAAUCCAUCCACCCUGAACUUUCCAAAUUUCUCCCAGAAACUCCAGACAUUGCUGCUCUACUAUCAUCUCUGCUAGUGUCCCCUUCCAAUUAACUUUGGCCAGCUCCUCUCUCAUGCCCUUGUAGUACCUUUUAUGCCAUCAUAAUACAAGGAGCAGGAUGGAGGUUGAGGCCGAGAAGAAAAUUGGAUCAGCCAUGAUGAAAUGGAGAGCAGACUCGAUGAGCCAAAUGGUGUAAUUCUUCUAAAUUUUAUGGUCUAAUGCCUCUAACAUUUACUCUGCCUUGGUUCACAAAUCAUAUCCUGGUCCAUAACGAUUGCAAAGCUAAUUGAAUUAGACUAUAAAAUAUUUGUUCAUUAAUGCAAAUAUCUAAUCAGCUAAUCUCGUGGCAGCAAUUCUAUGCAUAAGAGCAUGCAGAAGUUGUUAAGAGGAUCAGUUACUUUCAGAACAAACAUCAGAAUGGGAAGGAAAUGUGAUCUAAGUGACUUUGAUUGUUGGUGCCAGACGGGUGGUUUGAGUAUCUCAGAAACUGCUGAUCUGGCAUUUUCGUGUACAACAGUCUCUAGAGUUUACAGAGGAUGGUGCAAAAAAAACCAAAAAAGACAUCCAGUGUGUGGCAGUUCUAUGGUUGAAAAUGCCUUGUCCAAGAGAGGUAACAGGAGAAUGGCCAUACUGGUUCGAGCUGACAGGAAGGUGACAGUAACCAUGCGUUACAACAGUGGUGUGCGGAAGAGCAUCUCUGAACGCACGUCGCGUUGAACCUUGAAGUAGAUGAGUUACAGCAGCAGAAACUCAGCGGCUCCUUCACAGGCGGACGGAGCCCUCAAACCCCAGGUUCUAUUGGAAGAUCCGUCGCGGGAUGCUUAAGGAGGAAGAGGAGUUUGAGGGUGCCCGGCAACGACAGGGAGGGAGGGCAGACCCGCUGCGUCCCGGGCACGGUGCCGCCUCCCUGCCAAUUGCGCAGUCUGCGCUCGUGGCUUCCCUGGAACAUGGGCAAGCGGCCUUUCGCGUGAACGUCUGCGAAAACCGCUUCAACCGGACCAGCAACCUUCGGCGACACCGGGGCCAGCGGCCGCUGGAGUGUGGCACAUGUCCCCGCCGUUUCUGCGUCACUGAGGACCUGCUGCGCCAUCGCCGGGCCCGUGUGGCUGAGCGCCCCUUCCAAUGCGGCGCCUGCAGCAAGCGCUUCUGUCGGUUAGCCGUGUUGCAGGUACACCAACGCUACAACUCUGGGGAGCGGCCCUACCCGUGCGUCCAUUGUGCCAAACGUUUCCCCGCUGCCAGCGGCCUUUCGCUUGUCCCGACUGCACCAAGCGCUUCUACACCGCCAGCAAGCUAGAUGUGCACCGGAAGA